AGACCAAAAACGCGCACGUCUCAACGUUUCCUCUUCUUCUCCGGUGAAGACCUCUACUUACUGUGCGUCCCGACGCACGCUCACAUCACGACACCGUGAUCUCGAGACCCUCCUCCGCUCCGCGUGUAUAUUUGUUUCAGGUUUCGCUCUCGGUUUUGUCCCGUUAAGUGCUCUCGCAUGAAUCUCCUGGACCCGUACCUGAAGAUGGCAGACGAGCGCGAAAAGUCGCUCUCGGAGUCCGGAGCUCCCAGCCCGAGCAUGUCCGAGGACUCCGCGAGCUCACCGUGUCCGUCAGGCUCCGGGUCCGACACCGAGAACACGCGCCCCGCGGAGAACAGUCUACUGGGACUGGACGUGGGGAAGAAGGAGGAACAAGACGACAAGUUCCCCGUUUGCAUCCGCGAGGCGGUGUCUCAGGUGCUGAAGGGCUACGACUGGACGCUCGUGCCCAUGCCGGUGCGCGUCAACGGCUCCAGCAAAAACAAGCCGCACGUGAAGAGACCGAUGAACGCGUUCAUGGUGUGGGCUCAGGCCGCGCGCAGGAAGCUCGCGGAUCAGUACCCGCACCUGCACAACGCCGAGCUGAGCAAGACCCUGGGCAAGCUAUGGAGGUUGCUGAACGAGGUAGAGAAGCGUCCGUUCGUAGAGGAGGCGGAGAGACUGCGCGUGCAACACAAGAAGGAUCACCCGGACUACAAGUACCAGCCGCGGCGGCGCAAAUCGGUGAAGAACGGCCAGGGCGAGACGGAGGACGCCGGCGAGCACGCGCACAUCACGCACAUCUCGCCCACCGCCAUCUUCAAAGCGCUGCAACAGCAGCAGGCGGACUCGCCGGCCUCCAGCCUCGGGGAUGCGCACGUGCACUCGCCCACCGACCACUCCGGCCAGCCCCAGGCCCCCCCCACGCCCCCCCCCACCCCCAAGACGGAGGCUCAGCAGCAGCAGCGUGAGCUGAAGAGGGAGGUGGUAGUGCGCCCCCUGGUGGUAGACCAGCAGCAGCGCCACCAGCAGCAGCUCAACAUCGACUUCCGUGACGUCGACAUCGGCGAGCUGAGCAGCGAGGUCAUCUCCCACAUCGGGACGUUCGACGUGCACGAGUUCGACCAGUACCUGCCCCCCCACGGACACCCCAGCAGCACCGCAGCCUAUAGCGCCACCUACAGCCUGGGGGGGGCCAGUGGGGCAACAGCAGCAGCAGCAGCGGCAGCGGCCUCAUGGCUGGCCAAGAGCCCCAGCCCGGGGCAACAACAGCAGCAGCAGCCGCAGCACUCUCAGACGCCACUAGGGGGCGCCGUAGAGCAGGUGCAGAGAGAGGGCCACCGCCCCCCCCACAUCAAGACGGAGCAGCUGAGUCCGAGUCACUACGGCGAGCCGUCCAGAGCCAGCACCCCCCCUCCCCCUCCCCCCCCCUCGGCCGCCUACGGCGCCUUCAGCAUCGGCCACUACAGCCCGCCGCCCUCCUACGGACACGCCUCUUCCUCGUUAGGCCACGCCCCUUCCUCUACAAGCCCCGCCCCCGUGUCCCGCCCCCCUCCACACUACGACUACGAGCAGCAGGGCGGCGCUAGCUACUAUAGCCACGCCUCCGCCGCCGCCGUCUCGGCCAAUCAGAGCCUCUACUCCGGCUUCGGCUACAUGAGCCCGCCCCACCGGCCCAUGUACACGCCAAUCACAGAGGCCGUGGGCGUGGGUGUGGCCUCCUCGGUCCCGCAGACCAAUCACAGCAGCCCACAGCACUGGGAGCAGCAGCCCGUCUACACACAGCUCACCAGGCCCUGA